CAUAUAAAAAAAUUUGAAACAUUAUAAAAAGGAAAUUAGAAUAAUUUACAUAUGUAGAGAGAGAGAGAGAGAGCGCAAAAUUCUACCAAGAAUAAGGGUAAGUUAAUUUGCUAUUAAGAAAAAAAGGCGAUUUAAUAAUACACUUAGAAAUUUCAUUCCACUUCAUUUCCAAUUAAGAUAUCCACAAAUGGUAAUUGCUUUUGAAAUAUGAAGAAGCAAGAAACAAUUAGAGAAAUCUAAAAUCAUAAUUAGAAGAGAGUAGUGUUUUCUUUUUCAAUAAUCUAUAAUCAAGCAUAUAUUGCUUAUCUCAGUGGGUGUAGUAAAGGCUUAGGACUCUGAGCGUGGCUGUUCACCAACUCUAAGAAAAGCUCAGUCAGCGCUCCAUCAGGAUGGCAGGAUCUGCAACUACACAAAGCCCCGCAGGUACCACAAACCAACUCUGGGGCGGUAACAGAACUUAGCCUCUUAACUUGGGGCACGACAGAUUUCUCCUGAGGAAAAAGAUCUCCAUAAUUUGCAUGAGGAAAAGGGAACCUAAGGAAUCAGCGUGCAGAGAAAGCAUUCUGGAAAAAAUCGGUAGUGAAGCAACAAUGGCCACUCCAAGGAAUUCGCCGCACCACAGAGGACUGGUCCUGCUGUGCCUUUUCCUGGGGAGACUGUGGGAGACCGUCAGAUCUCCCACAGACAGUCAGAUCCGCUAGUCAGUGCCUGAAGAGACAGAAAGAGGCUAUAUCGUGGGGAAUAUCUCCAAGGAGCUGGGGCUGGAGCCCCGGGAGCUGGCGGAGAGCAGAGUCCGCAUCUUCUCCAGAGGUGGGUCGCAGCUCUUUGCUCUGAACCCGCGAAGCGGCAGCUUGGUCACCGGACAGGAGGAGCUCUGCGCUCAGAGCCCGAGGUGUCUGGUGAACUUUAAAGUCCUGGUUGAAGACAGAGUGCAGCUUUACGGAAUGGACAUAGAAGUAACUGAUAUCAACGACAAUGCCCCAAAAUUCCAGGCCGAAAAUCUGGAAGUAAAAAUUAACGAAAUCGCUGCGCCUGGAACACGUUAUCCACUCCCAGAGGCUGUUGACCCGGAUGUGGGCUUGACUUCCCUACAGAGCUACCAGCUCAGCCCCAAUCACCACUUCUCCCUGGACGUGCAAACUGGAGACGACGGAACUAUAAACCCAGAGCUGGUGCUGGAGCGCGCCCUGGACCGCGAGCAAGAGGCUGCUCACCACCAGGUCCUCAUCGCCUCCGACGGCGGCGAACCGCCUCGCUCCAGCACAGUGCACAUCCAGGUGACAGUGUUGGGUACAAACGACAAUGCCCCUGUUUUUGCUCAACCGAUUUACCGAGUGAAAGUCCCAGAGAACGUGCCCCCGGGCACUCAGCUGCUUACUGUAAGAGCUAGCGACCCGGAUGAGGGAGCCAACGGAGAAGUGGCGUAUAAAUUCUGGAAAAUUAGUGAAAAACAAUCUCCGUUAUUCCAGCUUAAUGAAAAUACCGGGGAAAUAGCAACAGCAAAGAGUCUAGAUUAUGAAGAGUGUGCAUUUUAUGAAAUGGAAAUACAAGCUGAAGAUGUUGGGGGAUUGAAGGGACGGACUAAAGUGCUUAUUUCUGUGGAAGAUGUAAAUGACAAUAGACCUGAAGUGAUCAUUACACCUCUGUUUAGCCCAGUGAGGGAAGAUGCUCCUCAAGGAACAGUAAUCUUUCUUUUCAAUUCUCAUGACCGAGACUCUGUGAAGAACGGUCAAGUUGUCUGUUCCAUCCAGGAGAUUCUACCUUUUCAAUUAAAGUCAAUUGAAGAUUAUUAUAGAUUGUUGACAGCUCGAAUUCUUGACCGAGAAAAAAACUCUGAAUAUAACAUCACAGUGACUGCCACAGACAAAGGAAUGCCGCCCCUGUCCACAGAAAUUCACAUCACCCUGCACGUGGUCGACAUCGACAAUCCACCCUCUUUCUCUCAAACCUCCUACUCAGUCUACCUCCGCGAGAACAACCUUAGAGGCACCUCCAUCUUCUCAGUGACAGCUCAUGAUCCCGAUAGCAAGGAGAACGCAGGGAUUAUUUACUCCUUGGCGGAGGACACCGUCCAAGGGGUGCCCCUCUCAUCCUACGUCUCCAUCAACUCUGACACUGGUGAGUUAUAUGCCCUGCGCUCCUUCGACUAUGAGCAAUUUCGCAAUCUUCAAAUGCAGGUGAGGGCAAGCGACAGCGGGGACCCGCCGCUCAGCAGCAACGUGUCACUGAGCUUGUUCGUGCUGGACCAGAAUGACAACACGCCUGAGAUCCUGUGCCCCACCCUCCUCACCGACGGUUCCACGGGCGUGGAGCUGGCAGCCCGCUCCGCAGAGCCUGGCUACCUGGUGACCAAGGUGGUGGCUGUGGACAGAGACCCAGGACAGAACGCCUGGCUGUCCUACCGCCUGCUCAAGGCCGGCGAGCCAGGGCUCUUCACAGUGGGGCUGCACACGGGUGAGGUGCGCACUGCCCGGGCUCUGCUGGACAGAGGCGCGCUCAAACAGAGCCUGGUGGGGGCGGUCCAGGAUGAUGGCCAGCCCCCUCUCUCAGCCACCAUCACACUCACCGUGGCUGUAGCUGACAGCAUCCCUGAUGUGCUGGCUGACCUGGGCAGUCUGGAGGUCCCCGCGCACCAAGAAGCCUCGGACCUCAUGUUGUACCUGGUGGUGGCAGUGGCCGUGGUCUCCUGCGUCUUCCUGGCUUUUGUCAUAGUGCUCCUGGCGCUGAGGCUGCGGCGCUGGCACACCUCAAGUCAGCUCCAGGCUGAGAGAGUCGGAUUGGCUGGCAUGCCUGCUUCUCACUUUGUGGGCGUGGACGGGGUUCGGGCUUUCCUUCAGACUUAUUCCCGGGAAAUCUCCCUCACCGCGGACUAGCGGAAGAGCCACGUGAUCUUCCCCCAGCCCAACUAUGCGGACACGCUCAUUAGCCAGGAGAGCUGUGAGAAAAAUGAGGCCCUGUGCGUUUCAGAUGGUUCUAGGUUUCCUAUUGAAGACACUCCUUUGGUUCCAGAGAAUACGCCUUCAAGUUGAUGUUUUUCAGACCACCUGUUUGUAGAG